AUCCUGAAGACCACAACUCUUCUGUGAACACACUGAUGAAGCAAUGGAGAACAUUUUUGAAGAUGACGAACACAAAAACUCCAAUGAGAGAGACGCAUGUACAGAAGAUAUGUACACUUAUACGGACACAGCUGGAAUUCAAAAGCUUCGUUUCAUCUGGACUGAAGCAAAAGCUCGAAAUUUUGGAAAAAAUAGACGUUUUGUGCUGAGCAUCGUGUGUCUUGGACUCAUGUGUGUUUUAUUGGGGAUCGGCAUCAUUGUGCAACAUCACAAACUCACAGAAGAGCGAGACCUGUUGAAGAUGAGUUAUAUGGACAUAGAAAAAGAGUACAACCAAACUAACAACAGGUUGCUGGUGAAUUACAGUGAUCAAACUAUUGCAAAAGAUCGAUUGCAGAGCAGCUUCAACUCUUUGAAUCAGACGAAUCUGGAGUUGGAGACCAGAGUCAACAGUCUAACUAUUGAAAAGGACCAAUUGCAGAGCAGCUUCAACUCUUUGAAUCAGAAGAAACUGGAGUUGGAAAGCAAGGUCAACACUUCGUGUGACGGACAUAAGAAAAAUCAAGUUUGGUUCUUCAUAUCCAGUGAGGAGAAGAGCUGGUAUGAGAGCAGACAGUUCUGCAGGGAUCGUGGUGGAGAUCUGGUCAUCAUCAACACUGAAGAGAAACAGAGGUACGUCAGUUCAUUGGUCAACGGGAGAGCGUGGAUUGGUUUGUCUGACAUCGAGAAUGAGGGCAACAUGAAAUGGGUGGACAAUUCACCACUGAAGAAAGGGUUUUGGAACACAAAUGAGCCAAAUGAUGAUGAAGGGAAAGAGGACUGUGUUGAAGUGCUUUCUUCAAACCCCUUUCAGAAAAACUGGAAUGAUCUCCCAUGCUCAGAGAAGAGAAAAUGGAUUUGUGAGAAUUAGGUUUGAAUUAGGUAAUAUGCACAAAGAAUGCAAUUGAUCCAAAAUGAGGAUGAGUAAAUGAUGAGAAUAUUCGUUUUGGAAUAAAUGAUCCCUUUAAUCCUCUGGUAGUAACCUGAACAGCACGCAGCUGAACUGGGAAAACUUUGCUUUGAUAAUCGUCUCGCUCAGAUAUUAUAACCAUUAAACUGGAAUGUGACACAUGGUGAAGUGGUGUGUUAUGCCAAAGAAACAAUUUAAAUUGUUGAUGUUUACUGCCAAGUGCAUCUAAUUUAUUCAUAAAAACUAGCAAUUGUGCAAAAACAGAACAAUGGGCGGAGAUUUGCUUAAACCCUAUUCGGACGGGAUUCAUUUUAUAUGGAUGCUGUUUUUGUUGGGAAAAUUAGAAGACACAAGCACGUAAUUUAGUGGUUUGAGCAGAGUGAAUGGGGUAAAUUGUGUUUCGGAUUGUAUGUUGUUCAGACACUGCAUCCCCGCUUUUCACAACAUAUUUUCCAGAAAGACUUAAAUCAAAUGUCAUAGUGUGAAGGGAUUGUCCACAUUUUUAAUACAAGAGUGCAGGAUUACAGGCUCGCUAUGUCACAAGACAGAUAUUCCAAUCAAUUUCUUCUAAUAAUCCCAGAUACAGUAUAUGAUAAUCAUUUACAUUCCCUUCAUAAAUAAUCAGCACAGCUAAAUAUAUUUUCUGAUGGUCAGUUACGCAUAACAGCAGUAUGUAAAUUCAGUAUACACACCCAUCUCUGCGAUUUAUGCAAAUCGAUGGUAAACAUUACAGACGUUCGCUGUAAUAAUUUCUUUACAAACAUAUGUUCGGAAAACUAUUUCCAUUAUGUGAUGACAUGCGGAAUGUGAUAAAGGUCUAUAUACUGUAAGCAAAAUUCUACAGCAGCACUAAUUUCAUUAUUUAUAAACUUCUUUUAUGAUAUAAAGUUUCUUUUUUACUUUUCUGUAGUUCCUCUAAUCAAGAGUGGAUGUUAGGAUUUUUUUAAACUUGUAUUAAACAAUUAAACAAUGUAAAAUUGUCAUAAUUACCAUAAUAUAGUGACAAAAUCCUCAUAGGGUGAAUCCGGUAAUCUGGGCCAUUGGGUCAUGUGACACCUGACCUCUGAUGUGUUCAAUUCUUGCUCCAUCACAAGCAGGUCUAUAUCAUCAUGUGAAUCAGUUGUUGGUCUGAAGUAUUGAGAUGACAAUCACCAUAAAUUAACACAAGUGCAAAGUACCAGAUUUCCCUAAUUCACCCUAUUAUUUUGAUAUCGUGUCUUCUUUUCUGAUUUUUUCAAAAUUAGGGCAAUAGUCAAUGUGCUUUUGUAAACUGUCACUGUUACUAAAGUAAUAAACUCAUAAAAAUAUUUUUGUGUUUGUUUCAUGUUUGAUUUUCUAACACACAUUAACACAACCAUCUCUGAUUUCAUCAUAUAAAGUAUCCACCUUAUUUUGCAAUGCUAAAGUAAGCAGCGGCUGCAUUUCAGGCGAAUUUGAAAAAUGUUCCGCUGGCAUUGACCGCAGUGUAAAUAACUAGAAGGUUAUAAUAACAGAAUCUAGUGAUAUGGGCUUAUAAACUAUCACACAACUGCAGGAUGUACAGCAGAAUUAUGUGUUUCUCGUCUCCAUGUAAACCUCCAUUUAUAUGUACCUGUAUAACCUCCAAUUAUUAUUAUCAAAUAUAUUUUAAGCAAAAUUCUACAGCAGCGCUAAUUUGAUUAUUUAUAAAUUUAUAUGAUGAUAUAAAGUUUCUUAUUUACUUUUCUGUAAUGUCCACAAUCAAGAGUGGAUAUUAGAAUUUUUUAAAAACUUAAAAAGGAAAUGGGAAGAGGGAAAAUGUAAAAUUGUCAUAAUUGCCAUAAUACAGUGACUCGAUGUUGUGUCGAUGUAGUUACAUUAGGGGUCGCUCUUGAAAGUCCUGAACACUUUUCUUUGAGAAAAGGCCAAUGAGAAUUGGCGAGUGUAAUUUGCAUGCCACUCCCCUUGAUAUAGGGGAAAAAAGGAGCUGGAAUGCCCACUCCAUUCAGAUUUUCUCUUCAGUGCCAAGCGGUUGUACUAUCAGCGAGCUGAACACUACUGCUGUUCCAUUCAUCUCUUAAGAAGUGUAUCAAUUGGAUAUACGGCACAUUUCCAGUGGCUUUCUCUCCUUCUGCACAACGAGUGCAGAUUUCGCCCCUGGAUGCUUUGACAGCGCUAAAAAGGUAUACAUUCCUGCUAAAGAGUAUAUUUUCUCUAUUAGAGCACACACAUUGACGUUGAAUGUCUUUUUAAAGAUGCGUUUUUAUAAAGAUGCCUUUACGUCUUUGUGUGAUUCCUGAAUUCGGUUGUUAUCUCUCCGCUUCCGAUCAGCGAUCACACUGAGGCAGCGUUUGUGGAUGGUUCAUGUUCUCAUUACGAAAAUAUGACCAUGGCAACGUUGCGUUCACGGCUUUCCUUCUUCUGGGGGAAAGCCACUCUAGCUGCCCCCCACGCUGCACCUUCGUCACAUGGGUAUGAGGCACCGCUCACUGCCAUUACCCCCCUCCCUCCGGUUCCUUUCUUCAUGGAGGUGCAUGAUGAACUCACGAGGUCACGGAGGGCACCUUUCGCUGCCCAAAACACAUUUUCGGCUUCAUCCACUCUCACUACCCUCGACAACGGAGCGGCCCACAGGUACAUGGAGGUCCCUCAGGUGGAUAAGGCAGUUGCGACAAAGCCUAUGGUGCUGCUGGACAGGACGCCUCGACCCUGCAUGCCAUAGCGCUCCUGCAGGUACACCAGGCCAAGGUACUAAAAGAACUGCAUGUGGCUUGUCCUGAUCCCGAUGUGCUGCUCUCAGCGACCGACCUCGCUCUGGGGCAAAGGUCACGGCGCGUGCACUCGGGCAGGUCAUGUCCACCUUGGUGGUCCAGAAGCGCCACCUGUUGCUGAAUCUGGUCGAGAUGAGGGACGCCAACAAAGCACGCUUUCACAACGUGCCCAUCUCCCAGAUUGGAAUUUUCGGCGACACCGUUGAGGACUUCGCCCAGCAGUUCUCAGUGGUGAAGAAGCAGAUGGAGGCCAUCCAGCACAUCUUGCCCCGGCACGGCUCAAGAUCCCGCACCCCAUCUGCUCGCCGAGGGUGUCCCCCUGCGGCGGCAAAAGCCCAGGCAGCUCCUCUUCAGCCCGAGCCCAGUUCUCGGUCCCAGAGCCCCAGACAGGAAGCUGACUCCCCUAUCUCCCAGGCCAGCAUGAGGACCCGGAGAUGGAGGACCCAGGAAGUGAGACAUCCGCUAAUGAGCUGGUAUCCAGACCACUCCAUCCCCCGGUGGAGGGCUGGGAGGUAAAUCUUUUGUUUCCUUUUCCUUUUUGUUUGCUGCACCCCGAAUGGCGUACCCUAAUUUUCAAAAUAGAGCAGUUUCCCAGCCAAAUCGAAUAAUCUGUGGAGAGACAACUUAGAGAGAAAUGGCUGCUUGCGUGGCCUGCUCCCAUGCUAGUUACGUCGCUUCCCCCCCCUCAGGGAUGUGAACUACAUGAUGUCUUUUGGGGCAUUGGGGGAGGUUACGUGCAGGCUCAUGCACCUGCUGUUACGCACACAGCAGCCUGCUUGCACCUGCAUCAGCAGUUCAUGUAACAUGGUUCAGCUGUUGUGGCAUUUUUCUAUAGGGAACCUUAGAGUCAGUACAUUGACAUGACGUUGAGUGAGUGACAGAAGGGGAAUGUCAUGGUUACUGUUGUAACCUCUGUUCCCUGAUGGAGGGAAUGAGAUGUUGUGUCCCUCUUGCCACAACACUGUUAUAGCCACUGAAAUGGCCGGACCUUGUCUCGGCUCCACAGCACAAAACCUGAAUGGAGUAGUGGGUUUCCAGCUCCUUUUAUACCCUUAUGUCCAGGGAGUGGCAUGGAAAUUCCACUCGGCAAUUCUCGUUGUCCUUUUCUCAAAGAAUGGGAGGUGUUCAGGGCUCUCAAGAGCGACCCCUAGUGUCACUACAUUGACACAUUGUCUCGUUCCCUCCAUCAGGGAAUGGAGGUUACGACAGUAACUGUUGAAUCCAGUAAUCUGGGCCAUUGGGUGGUAUGACACCUGACCUCUGAUGAGUUCAAUUCUUGCUCCAUCACAAGCAGGUCUAUAUUAUCAUGUGUCUCAGUUGUUGGUCUGGUAAAGUAGUACUUGUCAUCUCAAUACUUGAGAUGACAAUCACCAUAAAUUAACACAAGUGCAAAGUACCAGAUUCCCCUAAUUCACCCUAUAUUAGAUAUUGUCUGUCUGUUAAUAAACUUAUUUUCAGUUUUUUUCAAAAUUAGGGAA